AUGGAAAAAUCUACAGAUGACCUCAGCCCACCAAUCGUGAAGCCGGCGGUGUUCGCGAAGGGCAACGACCCGAAGCCGAUGCUUCAUCAACCACCACUCUUCAGACCGGGCGAUGAUUUUGAAGAUUGGAAAUUCCGCGUUGGGCUCUACGUUGCCGGCACAUCUCAAACCACAAUGGGUCCUAUGAUCUUGAGCUUCUUAGGAGAGGAAGCAUCACAUAUAUUCCGUUCCGCUCGUGUCUCAGCCUUCGCAACUGCACCCCAAAUACUCGCAAUACGAAGCAAGCUCUUUGCACGUGCCGACAAUAUAGCCAUAUUGCGGGAACAGCUACUCCAAAAACGUCAGCAACUUGGUGAGACUGUGGAGGCAUACGUCUGGGCCCUGAAAUCGAUUGCUUCGAAAGUAUUCCCGGGGUCCGGCGUGGAAGAGAUCGAGCUGGCUGUCUGCCAACAGUUCUGCAGUGGAGUAAACAACGUGCCGUUGAAGAAGAAAUUUAUGACGAAGGCCCCGUUCGACCCGGAUACAGCCGUGACAAAGGCCAGACGGCUCGAGGCGGUAGAGCAUUUGUCGACGGAAUUUGCAGCAUGA